AUGAAACGAAUUCUUUUCCUGACAACUCCCCCAACUGGCCUUGUCGAGAGAUACGUUGCAGAAGAUGACUGGUCGAAUGAGAUGUUACCGCCACUCCUCUCAAAAGCAGGUGCACUGGUCACCGUCAAACGGUGGCUGGAUGAGGACAUCAUUGCCUCCAUCUUGAAUCACGAUGUUGUGACUUUUCUCUGGGCUGAGGACUACAUUCGACAUCCCAUUGAAUUCCAGCAUUUUCUCAUGAAAGCUCGAACAGCGAUCGAGUCAAUCAAAGACGGUAAUAGUCGCCCAUGCAUGGUGAAUCCUAUCGAGCUGGUCCAAUGGAACAUGGACAAGAAAUAUCUCUUGGAGAUGCACGACGCGGGACUCGAUAUACCCAAGAUGGAAAUGAUUGAGGCGAAACGAUUUGAUUCUGCGUCCGCGUUGCACCGACGACUGAUUGAAUUUCAAUCAUCUGGGCCCGUCGUCCUCAAACCAGCGAUUUCUGCAUCCUCUAACAACACCACACUCAUCUCUGACAUUUCAACCCUCUCGAAGGAAGACACCACACACUUGCAGUCAUGCAUUAAUGGUCACCUUGGAAGCUCAAUCGUUUUGCAGCAGUUUGAGCCAUCCAUCUCAGUGGGUGAAUAUUCGUUCAUAUUUAUCGGCGAAAGUCUCUCUCACGUGGUUCUGAAAUCGCCUCGUAGCGGCGAGUUCCGCUGUCAGGCGCAAUUCGGUGGCGAACUGAGUCGCAAACCAAUUGAAGAGAUUCAGAAGACGACCUUGUCUGUCGUCAACUCUAUCAUUGAUACGCUCAAGGAUCGGUUCGGGAGUGCGACAACAGGGAAGAUGGGGUAUAUGCGCGUGGAUGGCUUGGUGACCAAAGAUCGCCCAUUCAUCUUGAUGGAAAUCGAAGCUAUUGAGCCUUGUCUUUAUCUUGAAAUGGGGGGACUCGACCAGAGUCUGUCGCUAUUGUUGUCAAUUUAG